CGUCACCGUACCCCUUGCACAUCUUCUCUUGUCGAUUACUACGUCGCUACUAUACUACCAGCACCUUUUCUUGUCGAUUACUACGUCGCUACUAUACUACCAGCACCUUUUCUUGCCGUCCAACAGCGCUAGGUAGGGCAGACAUCAUGGCAGCCACAUUGGUCCAAGUACCCGACUUUCUGCGCAACUGGCCGUGGGAGCGCGCCCUGAACCCUCUCUAUGAGGAGGUGAAGACUGAUUCUCUUGCCUGGCUCCAUGGCUUUGGCUUCUUCGACGUCAAGUCUCAGGAUUCAUUCGACCGCUGCGAGUUCCCAAAGCUCGCCAUGCUCACGUCCCCGCACCACAAUCGAGAGCACGCUCGAUCCACAUGCGAUCUGAUGGACCUCUUCUACGUCAUCGACGAAUACACCGACGUCGAGGACGCAGGCGGGGUUCAGAAGAUCGUCGACAUGAUCAUGGACGCCCUCCGAAACCCCAGCAAGCCCCGCCCCACGGGCGAGUUCCGGAUUGGCGAGAUGGCACGCCAGUUCUGGGCUCUGGCCAUCCAGACGGCCUCUCCCAUGUCCCGGGCCCACUUUGUCGACACCAUGCAGGAGUACCUCGACUCGGUCACCGAGCAGGCCGUGGACCGCGCCAGCAACCGCGUCCGCACCAUUGACGAGUACUGGGCCCUCCGCCGUCUGACGGGCGGCUGCCUCCCUAGCUUUGCCCUGAUCGAGCUUGGCCUGGAAUUCCCCGAGGAGAUCUACCGUCACCCUCUGCUAGAGAACCUCCGCGAGUGCGCCAACCGGGCCAUCUGCGCCGCCAAUGACGUGUAUUCGUACAACAUCGAGCGGGUCCGCGGCCACGCCCUGCACAACCUCGUGACCAUCGUGAUGCACGAGAAGGACAUGGGCCCGCAGGAGGCCAUCACGUGGAUCGGGGCGUGGCAUGACGAUCUCGUCGCCGACUUCUUCGCCAGCAAGGCGGAGCUGGAGCAGCUGCUGAGCCACGGGGAGUGGGCGGGCGGGGACGUGGAGCGGCAGGUGAGAAUCUACGUCGACGGGCUCGGGUGUUGGGUGCGCGGCAGCGACGACUGGCACCUCGAAGGCCAGCGCCACCUCGGCAACCAGGGCCCCAGCUUCCGCAAGAACCGCCAGCUGCUGAUGCUGCCCCGCGUCGACGCCAUGCAGGCGCGCGCCGGAGUCACUGAUGCUGAGGGCAUCCUGGUGCGCGAGCUCAUGGAGAAGAAUGCGGUCGCAGGCAUGCACAUCUCGACCCAGGCCACUGCCAUCCUGACCGUGUGAUCCGAAAGGGGCAAGCUGGCACGUGUUUCUGUCUGAGGUGCCAAGGGCCACGCCACGGAGCAGUUGUGCGGAACUCGAGCACUGGGGAAGGGAGUUGGGGGGAGGGAG